GCCAGGCUGAGUGGGGCUGGGCAACGGAUGUGUGUUUUGGCCACAUCCAGCUGUGACAGAUCCAUCCCCACUACUUUCCUCUUUGUAUUUCUUCUCCCCACUUAAAUUCAGGUUGCUCCAAUUCCUCAGCUAAGCACAUCCAUUUUGGCUGAGACUUUUUACAUGGUGGUUCUUCGUUUCCUUUAGCACAUUACUCACUUCUGCCUUCUGUGUCCCCAGGCUGGUCUGGGCUGCAGGAGCCUUGGCUUUGUGGGCACCUGUUGGUCUGCUAGGCAUCCAGCAUUGUCCUCCUGUGGAUAAUGGGUGAUGGAGUGAGGACAGGAAGAUGGGUGAGGGCUGUGGGCUUGGUGCCCAGCAGCAGGAGGAUGGGGCUGCGGGGAGCUGGGGGACUUCUCUGCUGGCUCCUGGGUGAAAGCAUGUAUACAACUUGAGCCUGCUGCAACCUCACUGCUACAAACAGAGCUCUGCCCUCCCUCUGCACCCAGGCUGGGCUUCAAAAGGUCUGAGAUUAUCAUCCCCUGGUUCAACUGUCCCAAACUCACCUCCCAUAUCAGGAGAUCGCCAGCCACAGCCCAGAUUUGGACCUGCUUAAGUCCCUUCCAUUUCCUGGUUGUGUUUCCAAGUGCUCUUCUGAGCUCUGAGUGGAGGUGACUCUUCACUGGUUGCACAGAUUUGGGAGCUGGGGCUUUAUUGAAGUCAAGUCUCGGUGAGCAGGCAAUGCAGGAGACAUGUGGCCCCCCCACUAUGCCCACCCUAGUCCCCCAGCUCUGCACAGGGCAGGAAAGGUGCCAGGGCUGCUGCUGACAGCAUCGCUGUCCCUGUGGGUGCCCAAAACCACACCCUGGGCUGUGCCCAUGCUCCUCACGCCAAGCAGGUGACAAUCCCGCUGGGCGCAUCCUGUUUGUCACCACCGUGACUGUCUCACCACCUUGGGGAUGGCCGUGCUGGCUCGGAGCGUCCUGGUGACAGGGUCCAACCGUGGCAUCAGGCUGGAGCUGGUGAGGCAGCUCGCUGCCAGCCCCCAGGCCCCCCAGCACAUCUUCGCCACCUGCCGGGCCCCUGAUGGUCCAAGAGGGAAGGCCCUGCGAGAAUUAUCCGCCCAGCACCCCAGCAUCAGACUGGUCCAGCUAGACGCAGUGGACCUGCCCAGCAUCCGCAGGGCCGUGCAGGUGGUGGAGUCUUGUCUGGAGGGCCAGGGCUUGAACCUGCUCAUCAACAAUGCCGACAUCGGCUCGCACGCCACGCUGCAGUCCGUGGACUCGCAGGAGAUGCUCGCUGCAUUUGCCACCAAUGUGGUCGGGCCCCUCCAGGUUGCCAAGGAAUUCCUGCCACUCUUGGAGAAGGCGGCAAAAGGUGCACAGAAGACAAGGCUGAGCUGCAGCAGGGCUGUGAUCGUCCACGUGUCCUCCAAAGUGGGCUCCAUCGGGCUGUGCCUCAGGGUGCUGGAGGCCCCCAUGUACCCGUACCGUGCCAGCAAGGCUGCCCAGAACAUGGUGACCAGGUGCCUGGCAGCAGAGCUCAGGGACAAGGGGAUCUUGUGCACGGCGAUCCAUCCCGGCUGGGUGAAGACGGACAUGGGGACAAAGCAGGCACCCAUGACGGUGGAGCGCAGUGUGCAGGGCAUCCUGGCGGUGCUGGGCAGCCUCUCGCAAGAGACCUCCGGUGCCUUCCUCGACUGGGAAGGGAACAGCCUGCCCUGGUGACAGCCAGCUCAGCCCCCCACGUCUCUCCUGCCCACCCAUGGACACAGGAAGCAGCUUCUCCCCCUUCCACACCGCACGUGUGGCUACGCAGCCAGCGCCCUGUACCCCAACUCUGCCCAUGCCGACUGCCUCUCGCUCCAUGUCCUUGGACACCUCAGCCCCUGCGGGGACCCCUUGCCGGCUGGAUCCUGUGCCCCUGCCUCACUUGUGCUGCCCCCAGAGAGUAAUUUCCAGUGGGACACACGUGGGUAUCCCCAGUAUGGGCAGGGGACAGGAGCAGUGGGCGCUGACACACACACAGAUGAGGAGUGGGACCACACGGGAAGGGGCUGCCCUCUGCAGGCUCAGUGUGGCAGAGCCUGUCGAGCGCACAGACAGAUACGGAUGGCAGCACUGCUGCUUUCAGACAAAGGUUUAUUGAGGGUGUGGUGGAGGUUGGGAAGCAGCAGAGGGGCUGCUGCCAGGAUCUGGGCAUGAGGCUGGUCCAGUGUGUCACCAGGGCACAACUUUCCCUUCCCAGUCGAGAAAGGUCCCGGUGUCCUUCUCGGAGAAGGAGGAGAUCACCUUCAGCAUCCCUCCUACGCUCUCAUCUACUGUCACGGGGGGCUGCAGGGGCAGAGGAAAAACAUGAUGGUGUGUGCCCAAGGGCUGGCCAGGGUCUGCCCUGGAGCCUGGCCCGCAGAAGGCAACAGCUCAACCAAGGGGGAAGUGGAGCCAGGGGAAGAGGGGCUGAGCAGGGCACCCAGGUGAUGGGGCCGCCAGAGCUCACUGCAGGGUCCUGGGGCAGGGAGAGCUGCCCACAGUGGUGCCGGAGCAGGCAGGGAGGUCACGCUCUGUAGCUCGGGGUGACAACAGCCUCCCAUGGAAAACCAGCACAGGGGCUCGGAUGGACCCCCCGUGGUAAAGCUCCUACCGUGUCUCCGGCUGUGUUUCCCAUGUCCGUCUGCACCCAGCCAGGAUGGAAAGCAGCACAGAGGAUGCCGUGUUCCCGGUAGCCCAAGGACUGGCACUUGGUGAGCAUGUUCAGAGCAGCCUGCGGGGAGACACUGCAGGGAUCAGGGUGGGGAGGAGA